UGCCAAGAUGAAAAAAGGUGGGACAAAGAGUUGUUCCUCCCUGGUUGGUCCUUUCCUUCGCGCCCGCUGGCCAAUCCUCACGAGCAACGCCUUUUCUUUCCCCGCCCUCCCGGCAGCCAUGUUAGUUGAGGCUGACACAAUCUUCCCGCGGUGACGCGCAGCCUCUAGAAUCGAGAGCGCGCAUCGUUGUCUCUCCCUCCUAAAGGACACCAGUUCUAGGAAUGCUCUGUGGCUCCCUCUAAUGGGUUGUCCAUACGUGUCUUGAUGUCAUCAUCAAUCACCGGCAAUUACGCUGAAACCCGAAGAGUCCGGAAGGAAGGAGAGGGACCCCCUUGGACCAAGUGUUAAAAAAAAAAAAGGGGGGUGGAGGCAGGCCACUUUGAGCUCGCCGGUGUCCUUAGGGAGCUCCGGGCCCCUGCCCUGGGCUUCGAAGCGAGGCCUUUCGUCCUUCGAGGGCACCCGUAGGGCGGCGCGCGGCGUCCCGGGUUACGGUGCCCCGGUAACAGCCACGCCCCCUUCGGGGAGCCGCCCCCUGCUGGCCCAGAGUUAUUUCAUCUCAAACCCGGUCGGGCAAGUAGCAACCUUCCGGAGCCAUGGACGCUUCCCGUCGAGCAACCGUGCUUGCCUCGUUCAGUUUCCAGGCCCCACUGGAUCCCCGCUCCACGUCGCCACGCUUCGACUUCUACGAGCAGAAGGGUGCCGGCGAGAACACGGAGGAGGAAGCGACUGAGGAGGAGGAUGAUUUUGAUACUGACAUUUCUAUGGUGGAUGAGCAAAGCCUUCAUGAGAAUAGGAGCUAUGAGGACUUAGUGAGCACUUCAGAAAUCUGUGACUCCAAUCGAGAGUAUUACAGGAAACUUGAAGAGCUGAAGACAGCCCACAUGAAAACGAUGGCAAAAUUGGAGAAACUAUAUCAAAAUAAAUUACAUUUAAAGGGGGUGCAGCCAGAGAGCAGGAAGGAAGAAAUGCCUCGCCCAUGUUUUAACUCAGUGUGGAUCAGCUCCUCCUGUCAACCUGCCAUUUUGCAAAAAUCAUUUUCUGAGCCUGAUUUGAAUCAACCUUCUUCCAUUAGUGUAUCAGAUAUGUCUGACACUGGAUUUUCCAAUAUAGAAAAAGAAAAUAUGAAUGAAGUAAAAAUGAUGACUUCUGCUAAAGAAUACAUCAGGAAUAUGUGGAACAAUUUUUCCGUGAAGGACUAUGCUUAUAUUCGCUCUGACAGUUCUGAUUCACCAAUAGUUGAAAAAUCAGAGAAGAAGCCAAAGGAGUGGGUGCCAAAGAUUACAGUGCCUAAGCCCUUUCAAAUGACCAUCCGAGAAGACAGGAAAAAAGAAGAGCGGCUCAAAUCUCAGUCAGAAAGGGAGAUGGCCUUUAAACUGCUGAAAAAGCAAGAAGAAGAACAACUAGCUCGGAAAAAAAGGUUCCGAGCCAAUCCCGUGCCAGAGUCUGUCUUCCUUCCCCUUUAUCAUGAAAUUCUAGAGCGGAAUGAAGAAAGGAAGAAGAGUGUGAAGGAGAGAAGCAGAAAGAUCCUUCUGACUUCCCAAAAGCCUUUUACGUUUAUUGCAAGGGAAGAGCAGAAGAAAGAGGCUCGGAAGGUGCAGCUGGCUGACAUGUCAAAGCCUGAAAAGAAAAAGCAUCAGUUUAAAGCCAGACCAGUCCCCAGGUCCACCUACAGCUCACCUGUCAGCGACAGACUAAAGGAGGAGGAGUUCUUCAGAGAAAUUAGGAUUCACCUGAGAGCACAGGAGCUCUUACAGAACUCAUCACUGCCCAGAAACAUGAAGGCUCACCAAUCACCCUCCAAGAGGAAGCCAAAGCACCCAGAGCAGGGUGAGAAGACCAGGUACAGGAACAAGGCCAAGUACCGGGUGCCCGACUUUGGAACCCUCCACACCAAGUUUCAGAGGCAGCUCUUGGAGCAGAAGAAUCCCAGGCCCACCACAGUCUGUGAGCCGUUUGAUCUCCUAACUUUGCGGAUCCCCUCCAAAAAGGAGAAAAUUUUGAAAGACAUUCAAGCCGAUGAAGAACGUUUAAAAGAAACACGCUGGCCCUAUCUGUCUCCUCGUGGAAAAGUACAGGGAACGCGCUCAAAGACCGAGUAUCCCUUUUGUGAAUCAAGUGAAUCAGAAUCUCCCAGACCUACUGUGUCUUCAAGAAAGAGACAGCAAGCCAUCAGGAGAUCCCUUGAGGAAAAGAAAACAUUAGAAGAGGACCGGAAACGGAGUCUAGCUAUGCAGAGUCAAAGAAUGAGAGAAUUGCAAAAACUCCUGGUGGCCCGAGCUCGGGCCAUUGAUACACACCAGAGUUUAGCGCAAAUGUCUAAAUCCAGAAUGACAACACUCAGAAAGAAUGAGAAGGAAAGGAUGAAAGAAUACCUAGAAGAACUAGAAGAAAUAGAAAAGAGAUUGAAGAAGAGGCCAUUACUGUUUGAAAGAGUUGCUCAGAAAAAUGCAAGAAUAUCAGCAGAAAAGCGUUAUUCUGACACCUUAAGAGGACUAGGACUUUGUGAUGAGUUUGUGUCAGAGAAAGGCCAAAAUGCAGAGUACUUGACAAACCAAGAGAUUGAAAACUGCUCUGAAGAUGAAGUAAGCCUUGAUGAAGACAAAUUAGGAGAACACUGCAGAGAAAAUGACCAGGGAGACUUUGUCCACUAAGAUGGUCUCAAUCAAGACGAUAAAAAUCAUGGAGGUAGUUCAGAAGAAAACUCCACGUUGUUGGAGAGGAAAGUGGGAAGAAGAAAAGCUUUUUAAAAGUACCAUAUUUCUGUUGGUUAUAGCCCGCAACUAACUGGUUUGUGUUAAGUAUAUCCUUGGAGGCACAUUUUUUAAAUACAGGUCUGCUGCAGUCUGGAAAAUGUUGGAUUUCUGUAUACAUUUUUGUUUAUCCCAAAUCACUGCACAUACAUGCGUUGUAAGUAAAUCAUGUACACGCUUCUUUCAAAGAAAUGUAAAGAAAUUUUUUUAAAAUUGUGUUAAUAUUCAAUUAUGUCUUCAGCAUUGUUUUUUCCUUUGCACUCAACCAUUGAUUAUAUGUGAAUAAGCAUUUGUAGCACAUAUAAAAAAGUUCUUAAAAGCAUGAUGUGGUAAGACAUUUUAAUUUCUAAAUAUAUCUUUCUUAUAGUGGAAAAACCAGUGAAGGUUCUAGUAAUAUCAGUGAGAUCUCCCAACUAGUAGCUCACAGAUGUGUUUUAAUUAAGAAAAUUGUUUCUCUAACAAAGGGAAGUGUUGAAAUUGAAAUUCCAUUGAAAAACAUUGAAAUUCCUUUCCACGUUGUAUUAAACUACCAAUCACCAUGUUUUUUCCCCAAUAAAUCCCAGGUAUUAUUAAG